AUGCAGCGUCACAAGGUGCUCCAUGCGACAGUGCGGGAUGUCUACUUUUGUGAUGUCUGUUCGCGGCCCUUCUCUUGGAAGAGUAGCCUCGAGAGACACAAGCGUGACAUGCACGCUGCACUGGCCAGUGGCUCUGGAGCGCAACGCAGCAAAGAUUCGUCUCGUCACACCAGCCUCGAGCCACUGGCCACAUUCAUGGACCAGGCUGUUGCUGCCACCGCUGGUGCUGCAGGCACAGCCGAAGCCAGGCCAACAUGUGACAUCUGUGGACGGCGCUUCUUCAACAAACAGACUCUGGAGCGCCAUAUGGACAGGCAUCGACCGGUACGCCAGUCUUAUGAGUGUGAAGUGUGCCAUAAGACAUAUGCCUUUGUGACUGGACUAUACCACCACCGCAAGACGCAUGGCUCCAUUGCACGAUUCAAGUGCAACUUUUGUGGCGAGCAUUUUAUGUACAGCCGCUCCCUCUACAAGCAUGUCAAUUGGGACAUGUUCACAUCCUCACUGGCAUCGCUCGUUGCUGGUGACUCGUCAAAUGAUGGAACUGUAGAAAUGGUGCAAACAGAAGAGAAGCUUGGUCCUGCCGAAUGCCCCAUCUGCCACAAAGUUCUUUGCAAUUAUUUCAUCAUGAAACGGCACAUGGUGUUACAUGACCAGAACAGGCUGGCCUAUGAGUGUGGUGGCAGUGGCGGAGCCAAUGAUCAGAUGUCAAGUGUGGACGACUUUCUCAGCAAGUACAACUCGUACCUCCAGCAGCUGCAAUCGCCUUCCUCAGCCGAGGGCUCGGCACUCCUGGCGGCGGCUCGGGCCGACAACACGUGCCCUAUCUGCCUGAAGACGUACUCAACCAAGCACAGCAUGCGGCGCCACAUGCUGAUGCACAAGCCCUUCAACCGCCGAUUUCAGUGUGAUGUUUGUGGUAAGCUUUUCAACUGGCCGGGCAACUUGAAGACACACUUGCAGACCAUUCACAACAUGCGCGUGGUGGACUUCAAGUACCGCAAGUAUCGCUUCCCUCUUCCUUCUGACAUGAACAGCAAGUCGUAA